AUGGACAAAUUUUUGAAACCAGACAAGUUUGAUGGUGAUCCUAAUUCUCCAACAGCUCUACAAGAAUGGAACUUCUGGCUAAAGACUUUUGAGAAUUUCAUCGCAUCUUUUGACGAAGAAGACAUCGAUGAUGAAAGACAUGGUAAAGGCACACCUGACGGAAUAGGAGGAACGGUCAAGAGAACGGCGGAUAGACUGGUGGCUGAAGGAAAAGACAUAGACUCAAUUGAUGUUUUAUGUACAUAUUUGAAAGAAAACCUCCGGAAAAUUGAAAUACAUGAAAUAAAAGAUGAUGACAUUGAGGCUGUGAGGAGGAAAGUACAUUUUGCUGAGGUAAAGCCAUUUAACGGGACCAUGAAGGUUCACCAAGUAGUGCAGAUCCACAAUAACACAUCCCCAAUCAGCCUAGAAAUGAAAUCAAUGAGCUGUUUCAAGUGCUUUGAAAAUAAUCGUGAUAAUGUAAAAUUGUUUGAAUGUGAUCAUUUCUCUAUUGGACGUUUGGAGUACCCUUCGACAGAUGACAAUUUCCAAAAAGCUGGAACCUCAAAAGACAAGGCAAAGCCAAUGCACAAUUCUCCAGACCACACUCAUGAUACUGAUGCUGACGUUGAAAAUGAUGCUACAUCCAAUCAAGUUUCUUGGGAGAAUAUAAAACCUGGAAAAUUUAUCCUUGCAGAAUUCAAGUCAGAGAAGAAAAAUACAAAAUAUAGAUACGUUUGCAGUGUACAAAAAAAAGAUGACGACGAUGGUGAAGUUACAGUGCAAGGACUGAAACUAGCUAAUGAUUCAGGGACUGAAUUUUUUGUUGCUGAUGAAAACGAUAUUUCAUAUAUUGAGUUCGAAUCAAUCCUGGAAAUUCUUAGUGACCCAAAAAUUAUUAUAAAAAACAGACUUCUUCUUUACAAAUUCCCUCAAAAAAUAAAUGUAUAUGAAAAAAACUAAAUAAGACACAUCAAGUCCUGAAAAAACACAUAAUCUUCAUUAAAAUGGACACCUGAAUUUCAAGUUUCUCUAAUUAGCAUCUUUAUGUAAUAUUUUCAGGGGCUUUAUGUUUGAUUGCAAUUCAUUAUAAUUAUAGUUAUGUUUCUACUUUGCACUGACAAUUGAAUUUGACUUUAUUUAUCAUUCCCCUGUCAUACACCUCAUUCCCCUGACUGUCAAAAAAUUAAAAUUAAUUAAUUUAGGAUUUUGAGAGCAGCUUGUGUUUUGUUCUUUGAGGUACUGUCUGAAGAAAUUAUAUUCAAAACAUUCAAGUAGUAAAAAUGAAAUAAAUAACACAUUUUCCCAUGCCUGAAUGACAGUCUCAGAAGUGACACCUUUCUGUGGAA